AUGAGCGUCAAGGCGCAGUCCAUCGCCUCUCUCAGGAGGUCUGACGUUGGGGACCGGUUUGCGGCUCUCCAAGUGCCUAAAGCUGCGGUGCUCAUCCCACUGAUGGUGAGGGGAGAGGAGCUACACACACUCCUGACUCUGCGCUCCAUGGAGCUGAGGACCAAUGCAGGAGACGUCUGCUUUCCUGGCGGAAAAAGAGACCCCUUGGACAGAGAUGAUGAGGAGACUGCCCUGAGGGAGGCCCAGGAGGAGAUUGGCCUGCAGCCGGACCAGGUGGAGGUGAUCUGUAAGCUCGCUCCGAUCAUUAAUAAGAGUGGGCUGAUGGUGACCCCAGUGGUGGGUUUCAUAGAUGAAGACUUCAGUCCGAGUCCAAACCCUGCUGAGGUCAGUGCCGUGUUCACAGUCCCCCUGGACCUAUUCAUUCAGGAGAAGAAUCACUUUCAAGUCAAAGGGACAAACGGGCUGGUGGGACCACUGCACUUGUUCAGUUAUACAGACUCCUCUUCCAACGCUCAGUACCAGAUAUAUGGUCUUACUGCAGCCUUGGCGAUACAGGUUUCUGUCUGUGCGCUUCAGAAAAACACUGAGUUUGAAGUCGGAUUUGAUUUCAAGAACUCUGUGGACUUUUAUGAGCAAAACCUUCGAAAGAGACUCAGUAAACUAUAG